AAAAAAUGUGAAGAGUGUAAGUACAAAAGCGGUUGUCGGAAGCCGCUUAAACACAAAUUGUGGACUCGGUUAUUACUCGAGAAGAUCAGUGUUCUGUAGACUUCGUUGUGGGGACACUUGCUGUGAAAUAAUAGUGCUGAAAAACAUAAAUAAAAAUGAUUGGCUUAAUACUUAUUUUGUUGGUGGUGUUUCUUGUUUACAAGUUUCAUGAUUUCAAUACAAAAAAUUCGGAUUAUUUCGAAAAACGAGGAGUUAAGAGCAUUGUAAGGAGGAACUUUUUCAGUGGAUUCUUCAAAAUUAUACUCCAAAAAAUAUCAAUGGUAGACAUCGUCAAUGAUAUAUAUGAGCAACAUCCUGAAGAAAAAAUUAUCGGUCUCUGGGAUGCUACAAAGCCAACGUUCAUGCUUAAAGAUCCUGAUCUAGUCAAGUUGAUCGCUGUGAAGGAAUUUGAUCACUUCCAAGAUCGGCGAAGUGUGAUUACUGAGCAAAUGGAUGAACUCUUUGGGAAUUCAUUACUUGUUCUCAAGGGUCAAAAGUGGAGAGAUAUGCGAUCGACCCUUAGUCCAGCUUUUACAGGGAGCAAAAUGCGUCUCAUGUGCGAACUUGUCGUUGAGAUUUGUGAACAAAUGGUUGAAUUUGUUAAACACGAUGCCAAAGCUAGAGGUCCUCAAACUUACGAGAUGAAGGAUCUCUUUUCUCGCUUAACAAAUGAUGUUAUUGCAACAUGUGCUUUUGGAGUUAAAGUGGAUUCACUGAAGGAUAGCAAAAACGAAUUUUACGAGUCCGCACAAGAGCUUUCGAAUUUCGGAACAGCGAAGAAAAGUCUUAAGAUUCUUUUCUUCCGGACUGUUCCAUGGCUCAUGCAAUUAUUGAAAAUAAAAGUGAAUGAAGAACGUGAGGCGACAUUUUUGCGCACAUUGAUAACAGAAUCAAUGAAGAUAAGGGAGGAGAAGCACAUCGUGAGGCCCGAUAUGAUAAAUUUGCUUAUGGAAGCCAGGAAGGGACAUUUGGCUCAUUCAAAUCAAACAAAUGUGGAUAAGGACGAUUCUGCCGGGUUUGCAACAGUUGAGGAAUCAAACGUUGGGCUGAAGUCUGUAAAACGGGAAUGGUCAGAUAAUGAAAUCCUCGCUCAGUGUUUCCUCUUCCUCCUUGCUGGAUUUGAAACUACCUCUUCCGUACUUAGUUUUACAGCCUACGAAAUUGCCGUUAAUCCUGAAGUUCAAAAUAAACUCUACGAAGAAAUUAAAGAAAUUUCCGAAGAAUUGCAAGGCAAGAAGCUUUCCUACGAUGUCCUUCAGAAGAUGAAGUACAUGGACAUGGUAGUUUCUGAAUCAAUGAGAAAGUGGCCACCAGCACCAUUCGUAGAUAGGAUUUGCAAUAGGAAAUUCAAGCUGGACUACGAUGUAGGCCGAUCUGUUGAUGUAGAUGUGGAUGUCAGUUGCUGGAUUCCAAUUGUUUGCUUCCACCAUGACCCUAAGUACUUCCCCGAUCCUGAAAAAUUUGAUCCUGAACGUUUUUCUGAUGAAAAUAAAUCUUCCAUAAAUCCCAAUACUUAUCUUCCUUUUGGUAUUGGUCCUAGAAAUUGUAUAGGUUCAAGAUUUGCCCUAAUGGAACUUAAAUCGAUAAUUUUUUACCUAAUCCUUAACUUUUCCCUGGAAGUCACGGAAAAAACACAAGUACCAGUCAAAUUGGCCAAAUCACUGGUCAGUUUAACGGCUGAGAAAGGUAUCCACCUGCAAUUGCGGCCCCGUGAAUGAUAAAGUACUAUUCAUUAGUUCUCACAAAGGCAACCAAAAUCGAUUUCCUAAUCUAAUUGCCGCAACAAUUUGUUACCACUGAGAAAGUUAAUAAAUUUUACCGUAGUGAAAA